UGUCUUUAUAUAAACUUUGACCUGGAGGCAUUUCUCUUAUGACAGUACUCUUAUAGCACUCUUGCUUGUACUUUGGCGUCACUUGACUUUACAGCUCAACAUGUGCAACUUCAAAGCGUUUUGCUUCUUGUCUUUGGGUCUCUUCGCUAGUGUAAAGGGAGCUGUUCCUCCACCGUGUGACAGUGAAAUAUACUGCACCGGGUCCAUCUUGCACCAGGUCCAAGAAGCGAAACUCUUUGGCGAUGAUAAGCAUUUUGUUGACAUGAAGCUGAGGUCGGCUCCUGAUGAUGUUUUGUCGGCCUUUCGCAACCUUUCAAGCAAAUUUCCAAAUACAUCCAUCCCGCCUGUGAAACUGCAGGAGUUUCUCAAUACAAGCUUUGAUCAACCAGGGACUGAGUUUGAAUCAUGGACUCCGCCAGACUGGCAUGAGAAGCCAAACUUCCUGAGUGGGAUAGCAGAUGAUAAACUACGCGAGUGGGCAGAAAAGAUCCACGGUCUGUGGAAGUCUCUUGGCAGAAAGAUCCAUUCUGAUGUUAAAGAUCACCCAGAGCUCUACUCUCAGAUUUACACCCCACAUCCUGUUGUUGUGCCAGGGGGGCGCUUCAGGGAGCUCUACUACUGGGACUCCUACUGGGUCAUCAACGGGCUCCUGCUGUCAGAGAUGACAGAUACAGCCCAUGGGAUGAUCCAAAACUUCCUCUACCUUGUCAACAGAUAUGGCUUUGUUCCAAAUGGUGGGCGGAUUUACUAUGAAAGGCGCAGUCAGCCUCCAUUCCUCACUCUAAUGGUGGAGAGCUACUAUCAAGCAACCAAGGAUAAAGAGUUCCUCAGAGCGGCUUUACCAGUUCUGGAGGUGGAGUACCAAUUCUGGAUGCAGAACCGUUCUGUGGAUCUAGCAUUAAAUGGGAAAGAGCAUGUACUGAACCGGUAUUAUGUAGAGGUGGGCUUGCCCAGGCCUGAAUCUUAUACGGAUGAUCUGGAAUUAGCUGAGGGACUCACUGAUGGCAAGAAAGAGCAGCUGUGGAUGGAUCUGAAUGCGGGUGCAGAGUCUGGUUGGGACUUUACUUCCCGCUGGUAUACAGCUGAUGGCGGCGACAAUAGUGGCACCCUGAGAGACACGCGCACCAGUCAGAUCCUGCCCGCUGACCUCAACGCUUUGCUGUGCCGCAACGAGAAAACUCUUGCGUCGUUUCAUCGGCUGCUCGGUGAUAGUGACUCAGCUGCAGUAUACGACCAGGCUGCAGCGCGGAGGCUGGAGGCGAUAGAGUCUGUGCUUUGGGAUGCUGAGAGGGGAGCCUGGUUUGACUACAACCUGAUGACACGCUCCAAAAACUUUGAGUUUUAUCCCUCCAACCUGGGACCAAUUUGGGCACAGUGUUAUUCUCAGCCCGAGAUGGGAGAGAAGGCGGUACAGUAUCUGAAGGGGAGUGGAGCUCUCCAGUUUCCCAAUGGAGUUCCAACAUCACUGAGAGAGUCUGGGCAGCAGUGGGACUAUCCUAAUGCGUGGCCACCUCUGCAGCACAUGCUUAUCGAUGGUUUUUCCAAGCUACCUUCAGAGGAUGCUAAAAAACUCGCAUUCGAUUUGGCCCAGCGCUGGAUCAAGACAAACUGGCUGGCAUACAUUAAGUAUGAAGCCAUGUUUGAAAAGUACGAUGUGAACGGAGAUGGAAAACCUGGUGGUGGAGGAGAAUAUGAAGUUCAGCUGGGGUUUGGUUGGACCAAUGGCGUGGCGCUGCAGCUCCUAAACCAAUAUGGGGCGACUCUCACCUCAGGAGGGAGACUGUCUGUUCUGGCCUCCUGCUGCCCCUGGUCAUCUUAGCUAGGAUCAUGCUUCAGUGAGUCAGAGGUGUCAGAAGGACCCAAGUGAAGGUUGGAUUUUUAUUAUUCCUGGUUUCACCCCUGCUACUGACAGACUUUAAACGCAAAUUGACAAUGAGACUUAAGUGCAUAUUACACGCCUUCUAGACAUUUUACAAUCCCGAUAACUUGCAAGGAACCAGCUAUGAUUUAUUGUAACUAAGGAUUACAUUGCUGAAUAUUUUAGUAUUUAACCUCAGAGCUAAGUGAUGCAUGGUGUUAUCAGAAGGCGCAGAUCAUUUCGGCAUUUCUGGCCUCUCUCCAGCGAUGCAGGCUGUUGCUCGCUGCUGCUUAGAUUACAACAUUAACUUGUCCUAGAUAUUGAACUGACAUUACAAACGGCUUUUUCACCUAAUUCAGUUAUAAAGUUUAUUGCUGUACUGUAGCUCAACUCCCACAGAGCCCCUUUAUUUGCAUGUAAACUGAAGUUGGAAUGGAAAUGAGUCCAUGUGAGAAAUAAAAUGUGGUCUGCUUGCAUUAAAUAUUUUUAAACCA